GCGGAAGAUCAACAUAAAAGGUUUAAAGUUAUCUGAGGUAAGCAUCAAGAUUCAUUCCGGGACCAGGCCCGGGUGGAGGCCUUCUGUCACUUAACAGAAACUAUACGCAGAUAGUAAAGUGUUCGCGCAAAUACUGCGCUUUUGAAGCGCAGUGAAAAACUUUCUGAGGCGCUUUGAACCGAAGCCAUAUUUCUCAAAACCUUAAAUCCUCCAAAUCCCUUCCAUUAAUCCCCAUUACGCUCCCUUCAGUUGGAUGGUGCGAGAGGCUGACGUGGUAAAAUUCAGCCUGAGAAAUGCCCAAGCGGGUACAAUUAUUUUAAUGAUGCAGCCUCCCUUUUGAAAAGCUGUAAUACCCCUGGUAUGUUAUGAUUUUUAAUAACUUUAUGGCAACGAUGAACCCCUUUUCAUGCAUUUGGCUGCCUCGAUUAUAAGUGUUUAAACGUAUUCAUCAGUCUAUAUUUUUGCACAUUUUUUUUGUCUUUAUGUUUCCUGCAGGUUUAUUCGCACUCAAUAUAAACUAAAGGCACAAUCUAAUUAAACUGUAAGCAUCUGAACUGCUCAGUAAUUACUGCUGAGCUCCUUUGCACAAACGCGUCUUUACGCACAACACAAGCAAUGUCUGUUUAAGUGAUUUACUUUUUCUGUGUGAGCCACAGAGAUAAUGUCACUUUAGACCUUCGAGAUUUCAGUUAGACAUAAUGCAGCUGCAAGAAGAAAAGAGGUGCACGCAAUAAGCUGAACCGAAUCUGCUCAUGCUCUUCUCGUGCGACAGCUCGAGCAUCGUAAAAAUAUUUUUUCUUUGACUGACAGUCCCCGGCAAGUCUCUUCUGCUCUCGCUUUUUUUCUCUCCUCUCUCUUGUCAAUCACGUGGUCAUCCCGCCUCAUCCAAUGGACACGCGCCCUCCCUCUCCUCUUGGUCUCGGGGGCUUGUUGCGUCAAGGCUGCGGCUGGGAUGUAACCGGGAGUCCGGCCGGUUACCGUGUGUCUUUGCCUCUGAGCGAGCGUCACUGCUAAACGGUGCAACAAAGCAGCGCGUCUCUGUCGUGGCAGCGCGCGCUACGGUGCGAGUCCUGAGAGAGCGUCUGAGUGUGUGCGUAUGGGUGAGAGUGUGGGUGUGUUCAGGGCUGCCAGUGGACACAGAAGAAUACCAGUACACUCUAUUCAAUGUAGCAGCUUAGCGCGGAGACGUUACAGAAUCUGAGAGGAAACGGAGAAAAAACGGAGGUCAGACCGGGAAAAGGAGCGCAUAUGACAGCCUCUCUGGUCCUAAACCCUCGCUGGCCAGCGGAAACGGUUAUGUUUGUGUAUGACAACAACCUGGACGACCUGAACAAGAACAUGGAAGGGUUGGUGGGGAGCAGCAACUUCGCCGCGGCUACUGCGGCGAGCCAGUGCCGCAACAUCAUGGCGCACUCGGCGGCAGCCGCCGCUCUUGGGGGGCACCCGUCAGGUCUGGUGCACUCUUCAGCUAGUUAUCCCACAGUGGAUGUGUCGGCUUCCGGCGCCAAUGACACAUCUGCGCCUUCGGGGAAGCAGUGCGCAGCGGGACCGUGUCCUGCGGCCGCUGUGGCCCACCAGAGUUCCUCGGCUGCACCCACGCUACCCUACGGCUACUUUGGCAACGGCUACUACCCGUGCAGGAUGGGUCGAGGUUCUCUCAAGUCGUGCACUCAGGCAGCCGGAGCCGCGCUCAGCUCGCAGUACAUGGACACGACGGUGAACUCUGACGAAUACGCGAACCACAGGGCGAAGGAGUUCGCCUACUACGGCUAUGCCAGCCCGUACCAGUCGAUGGCCAGCUACCUGGACGUGUCUGUGGUCCAAACGCUGGGCACAGGGGAGCCGCGCCAUGACACCCUCCUCCCCAUGGAUAGUUACCAGCCCUGGGCUCUGACCAACGGUUGGGGAGGACAAAUGUACUGCUCCAAGGACCAAGGACAGGCUGGACACCUUUGGAAGUCCGCUCUGGCUGAUGUGGUGGCGCACCAGCACGACGGCUCUCCGUUCCGCCGGGGCAGGAAGAAGCGGAUACCGUACACCAAGAUCCAGCUGAAGGAACUGGAGAAAGAGUACGCGGCGAACAAGUUCAUCACCAAGGACAAGAGGAGGAAGGUCUCGGCCGUGACCAACCUGUCAGAGCGGCAGAUCACCAUCUGGUUCCAGAACAGGAGGGUGAAGGAGAAGAAGUUCGUGGCCAAAGUGAAGACCACCGCGCCGUAGCGAGUGUGCCGCUGCUGUUUGGACGAUUACGUAGAGGGACUCGGUUUGUUUGCCGUGAUCGACAUUAAAUCGAACUGAGAAUAAAUAAAAGAAAACGGAGAAAAACAAAGAAAGUCGACGACACAGCGGACCGGGACUGUGAAGUGUAUCCGUGCGCGUCAACAAAUGGGAGAAAAUGAAGACUGACGAAGGACGAAUGAGACUAAAGAAAUCAUCCAAAGCCCUCUGCUAAACAUGCUCAGAGGCUUUCUGUAAAUACAGCACCUUCCUGCCUGCUUUGAUGUUACUGUCUGUGUACUGUGUGUCUUUUACUGUUGCUUGUCGUUCGUGUCCAGUCGCCUAUAGCAGAAUAUACUCUAAUAUGCUGUCCAUAUUGUUUAUAUCGCCUGUAAACCAGUAAUCAAAACAUAGUGCAACUCUUAAUAAAAUCUGUUAAUCUCUA